AUAGAAUUCGAUCUUUCAUUUCGUUGCGCGCCUGUCAGGCGAUGCGCAGAGAAUUGUGAUGGCUCUUUUUAUUACUUUUAAAUAUUUAUCAUUUUUAUGAUAUUAAUACUAUCCCUGGUACAACUGGGUAGUGUAAUUUAGUAUUAGUGUUAAUUAUUUUCCAAGAAAAAUGGCAAAUCAGCCGCAAAAGAUUGUGUAUAAACUGGUACUAACUGGUGGGCCUUGCGGUGGCAAAACAACGGGGCAAUCGCGUUUGAGCACGUUCUUCGAAAAUCUAGGAUGGAAGGUGUUCCGGGUGCCGGAAACGGCUACUGUCCUUCUAAGCGGAGGCAUCAAGUUUGCAGAUCUCAGCCCAGAUGAAGCGGUGAAGUUUCAAGAGAAUCUGUUGAAGACCAUGAUUCAGAUUGAGAACACUUUCUUCGAGUUGGGGCGAACGUGUCAGAGGAAUUGCCUCAUCAUUUGCGACAGAGGAGCCAUGGAUGCCAGUGCAUUUAUAUCGAAGGAGACUUGGGAGUCGAUGCUGCAUGCCAACAACUGGCACUCCGUGGAGUUGCGCGACAACAGAUACAACCACAUCGUACACAUGGUGACUGCGGCGAAUGGCGCUGAGGACUUCUACUCCACUGAGGACCACGCAUGCCGGUCGGAGGGUAUGGAGUUGGCUCGGGAGCUGGACUACAAAGCGGCAGCAGCGUGGAUCGGCCACCCGUACUUCGACGUGAUCGACAACUCCAGCGAUUUCGACAAGAAGAUGAACCGCCUCAUCGCCUGUGUCUGCCAAAGAGUCGGCAUCGACACCGGAGACAGAUUGAACGUCAACUCCAAGAAGCGCAAGUUCCUCGUCAAGACGCCGCUCGUGCCCGACUCGGAGUUCCCUCCCUUCCAAGACUUCGACGUCGUACACAAUUAUCUGCAGAGCGACUACCGCAAGGCGCAAGUCAGGCUGCGCAAGCGCGGGCAGAAGGGCCACUGGUCGUAUAUCCACACGAUGCGCAAACUCCACCCCACCAACGGCCAGUCGGUGGAGAUCAGGACGCAGCUCACUCACCGCGACUACCUGAACAUGCUGCCCCAGCGGGACGACGCCCAUUUCACCAUCUUCAAGAAACGCCGCUGCUUCAUACACGAGAACCAAUACUACCAGCUCGACAUUUACAGACAACCUACACAUCCCAGGUGCCGGGGUUUAGUACUGCUAGAAACAUACAGUGCAGCAUACGACCAAGACGCACUUCUCGCAAGUUUACCAAAGUUCCUAGUUAUUGAAAAGGAGGUGACCGGUGACCCGGCAUACUCCAUGUACAAUCUGUCGCUGAAGGAAGACUGGAAGACCUCGACAAAAUACUACGCGGGCUCUGACGCCAAUGGGCGAGGUAAACACAUUACCAAUGGUCAUAGUACACACAAAUGUAAUGGACAUGCCAAAGUUAAUGGUCAUGUGGGGAAGGAGAAUGGCCAUGUUGAUAAAGUAAAUGAACACAGCUGCAACGGACAUGCAGCGGUUAACGGUCAUGGACCCAUGAAUGGACACAGCGAAGAAGCAAAAUCCUCGAGAGAACAGAAUGGACACAAUAACGUCAAGCUUACCAAUGGCAUUGAUGCCAGGACGCCUUUAAAAACAUAAUUUGUAAUACAUGAUCUAAUCUAUCUUU